UUUUUUUUGGAGGGGGGGGGGGUCAUUAAUAAUGAUGAUAAUCUCCGCUCUAAAUUUCGAUUCUCUGAAACCGAAACUACAGCCCCAGUGAUGUCAGUAACCGUAUCACGUCUGACAAAGACGAUACUACUGUGUCGAUCUUUGAUUUUUGAGGUUAUGCGGUAGCGGCGGGCUUACGGACCAGAAUUUAGAAAAAAACUUCAACCGACUACGUAGGCUACCGAAUCGUUGACUUGGCUUUGGAAAGAUAAGAAGGAAUGUCCGAAAAUCGCAAGAGAUCACGAGGAAAUCGAAGCCCUAGUCCUCCGGACACAACUCGGAAAAAGAAGAGACGUAGAGCCUCAGUUGGAACAGCCCAAGGAAUGCCCGCAUAUCCACCUCCACCUCAAAGUCCUCCAACUCGGUAUGGAGGUAUCGAUGCCCAAUCUGAUGAUGGGUUUUGUCAAUGGAAGAAGCGCUACCUCCGCUACCAUCGGCAGGGGGAAGCAGGGAAGCAAGAAGUUAUCUCCAUUCUUCAGGAAAACCACAUGACAUCAGACGACUACAACAACCUCUGUUUACUACACAUGGCAAAGUACAUGUCUCAGACCUUCCGGACAGACAGAGACAGAGAGGAGAGGAUUUUAGCGUCCAUUAGGGGUCAUCACCUCUAUGAGCAGGCCAGAGCCUGCAUGCCAGAGGGCAUGAAGCAGACGGGUGAAGAUCCGUGGUCAGCUCUGGCCCUGAUGUUGGUUCUGGCUGAUGGAGAUGAAGACGUGAGGCAGCUGGUGGUCUGUCUACGGACCCCUCUGACCCCUGAGCAGCUCUCAGAGUUCCUGUGGUGCACUGCCACACUGCUGCGCGCCAUGGCAGACACAGAUGUCAAAAUCAGCAACCGGUUGCACUAUAAUAUUUUCUUUGUGUUGCACCUUAUGGAGAACGUCCUUCAGGAAGUAGAUCAAAGGACAUCAGAGGAACCCCUAAUGCUGAAUGGUGUGAGUGUCACAUGA